AUGCAACCUGUGAAAGAGAGAAACGCAACUGUCAGCGAGGACACUGACCUUCUCGACACCGAAGCCGAUGAAAACGAUUCCCCUAAAAGUGGUUAUAACCAGUUACUGUUUUUUGAUUUCGAGUGUCGCCAGGAGAAUGGUAAUCACGAACCCAAUUUGUGCGUGAUUCAAAACGAGGCCGGUGACGAGUGGGUGUUUGAUGGGGACAAUACGCGUAAUGACUUUUGUGAAUGGUUGUUCACAAAGGAACAUGCAGGGUGUAUCGUUUUGGCACACAGCUUCCAAGGUUAUGACAGCUACUUCAUUCUCCAGUAUUUACAUGAGAACGGUGUAAUUCCCGAAGUGAUUAUGAGAGGUGCAAAGGUCCUUACGGUAUCGGUGCCAAUGUUUAACAUUAAAUUCAUUGACUCGUUAAGCUUCAUACCUAUGAGACUGGCUGACUUCCCCACAACCUUUGGACUGGACGAACUUGCAAAAGGAUACUUCCCUCAUUUGUUCAACAGAAAGGAGAACGAGAAUUAUGUUGGACCCCUACCCCCGAGUCCAUUUUACAAUCCUGAUGGAAUGAGUCCUGAAGAGAAGGAACAGUUCAUGGCAUGGCAUAAGAAGUUGAAAGAGGAGAAUUACGUGUUUGAUUUCCAGCAAGAAAUUCUAGGUUAUUGUCGGUCUGAUGUGGAUAUCCUUCGCCGCUGUUGCCUUGAAUUUCGCGAAAUGUUUCGUGAUAUUACAGGUAUCGACCCGUUUGAGAAAUGCUUAACUAUUGCAUGGGCUUGUAACCUUGUGUUCCGAACAAAUUUCCUCCAAGAAAACACCAUAGCCAUCAUUCCCCCUCACGGUUAUCGUCCCAAAGACAAGCAAUCCCUAUUGGCUUUGAAAUGGCUUUCGUAUAAAGCUGAAAAAGAAGACAUCCACAUUCAGCAUGCACGUAAUGCAGGAGAGAAACGUGUUGGCAAUUACCUACUGGACGGCUAUCACGAAGAGUCCAACACGGCCUACGAAAUCAAUGGGUGCUUCUGGCACGGUAAGUUAACUUGAAAGAAUGGGUUCCUAGUAUAAACACUACAAGCAGAAAUAGUAUUGUUUAUUUAUUUAUUUAUUUUUUUACAGGGUGUUUGAAAUGCUAUGCUCGCGACACAAUAAAUUCAGUCAAUGGUAAGACGAUGCAAGAUCUUCAUCAAACUACAGUGGAGAAGAACAGUUACCUGAAAGAUCAUGGUUUUGUGGUGAUUGAAGUUUGGGAAUGCGAUAUUAAGAAAGAACUAGAUCAAGAUAAAGAGAUGAAGGCUUACUUCGAUAGCUAUGAUUUGAUCGAACCUUUGGAACCGCGUGAUGGCUUCUUUGGUGGGCGUACCAACGCCGCAAAGCUGUUCCAUGAGUGUAAAGAUGGUGAGAAAAUAAGGUAAGAUGUAACAAAAAUGAUAGGAACGAUUAUGACGUCAGAGCAAAUAUAUUGAUGACGUCAUUUCUUCACUUAGGUAUGUGGAUUUUACGAGUCUUUACCCAUGGUGCAACAAAAUGACGCGGACAGUUGUUGGCCAUCCCCGCAUCAUCACAGAAAAUUUUGAUGACAUUUCGACCUAUUUUGGCAUGAUCAAGUGUACUGUUCUACCCUCUCGUGGUCUUUUCCAUCCAGCUUACCUUAUCGAACUCAGGGCAAGUUGAUGUUCCCCCUCUGCAAGUUGUGUGCCGAUACGUGUAAUCAGACCCCAUGUACCCAUUCCGACAACGAGAGAGCCAUUCAAGGAACGUGGUGUAGCGUAGAGUUGGAGAAAGCAUUGGAGAAAGGCUACCAAGUUCUGCAUCUCCACGAUGUAUGGCAUUUCCCUCAACAAUCGGAUGAAUUGUUCAAAGACUACGUGAAUACAUUCCUUAAAAUCAAACAAGAGGCCAGUGGUUACCCAAAGGACUGCACUACGGAAGAGAAAAACAGCAGUGCGUAGAAGAGUACUCGGAACGAGAAGGAAUCCAGUUGGUUCCAGCCAAGAUUGAGUAUAAUCCUGGGUUGCGUGCCUUGGCAGAGCUGAUGCUGAACUCAUUUUGGGGUAAGUUUUAACCACUCUACGAUAACACUAGGCGCAACGUUUGCACAUGGCACUUAAUAUAUUUCAUAUCUUUUUUAGGUAAAUUUGCGCAACGACCGAACAUGACCAAAGUGGAACUGAUCAGUGACGUUCAAAAGUACUUCGACUAUCUGACGUCCGACGAAAUCAACGUGCUCGACGCAAAUUUCGUGAGUGAAGAAGUGAUCGAGAUCCACUACGAAAACAACGAAAAUUUCAUAGCGUCAAAUUCCAAAACGAAUGUGGUCAUCGCUGCUUUUACCACCGCCUAUGCCCGACUCAAAUUGUACGAUGUGCUGGAUCAACUGAAUGAAAGAGUGUUGUACUAUGAUACGGAUUCGGUGAUAUUUGUCAGCAAACCAGGUGAAUCAGAGCCCCCGUUGGGUCCUUAUCUCGGUCAACUCACGGAUGAAUUAAAAGAAGGGCAUAUUACAACCUUCAUAUCGGUAGGACCUAAAAAUUACUGUUAUCGGACCAGUUGCAACAAAGUAGAAACGAAGAUACGCGGAAUCACAUUGAACUGCACUGCAAAACAAAAAGUGAACUUUGACGUCAUUCGCUCAUUGGUGUUUCUCUAUGCAAAAUGUAAUGUCAAGGGACAAGUAACCGUUGAUAUCCCGUUCAGGAUAACUCGGGACACAAAGACAAAAAACAUUGAAACAAAAAGAAUGAAAAAGGACUACCGUAUUGUAUAUAACAAACGUGUAAUUAUUGAUGAUUAUAAAACAUUACCCUAUGG